GCAAAUUGAAAGGUCCAUGGCUGCGCUUGCAGCUACAGCAGCUCGCUGGUGUUCUGAACCCCAGGUUUGAGGAGCCACGGCGCUUGGAAUGGGCUUGCGGGCCAUGCCUGUUUAUUCGGAAGACAAUUAACCUGGCGGAACCAUGGGGAUUCAAGGAUUACUUCAGUUCAUCAAAGAAGCUUCUGAACCCGUUAAUGUGAAGAAGUACAAAGGACAGGCAGUGGCGGUGGACACCUACUGCUGGCUUCACAAAGGAGCUAUUGCUUGUGCUGAAAAGCUAGCCAAAGGGGAACCUACGGAUAGGUAUGUAGGAUUUUGUAUGAAGUUUGUUAAUAUGCUGCUUUCUUAUGGGGUCAAGCCGAUUCUCGUAUUUGACGGAUGUACUCUACCUUCUAAAAAGGAAGUAGAGCGGUCUCGAAGAGAGAGACGACAAAGCAACCUUCUUAAAGGGAAGCAGCUUCUUCGAGAGGGGAAAGUGUCAGAAGCCCGAGAGUGCUUCACUCGCUCUGUCAACAUUACGCACGCCAUGGCCCACAAAGUAAUAAAAGCUGCUCGGGCCCUGGGAGUGGACUGCCUCGUGGCUCCCUAUGAAGCUGACGCUCAGUUGGCCUACCUCAACAAAGCUGGCAUUGUGCAAGCCGUCAUCACAGAGGACUCUGACCUCCUCGCAUUUGGCUGUAAGAAGGUGAUUUUAAAAAUGGAUCAGUUUGGAAAUGGACUGGAAGUGGACCAGGCACGGCUAGGCAUGUGCAAGCAGCUGGGGGAUGUGUUCACGGAGGAGAAGUUCCGGUACAUGUGCAUUCUGUCGGGCUGUGACUACCUGGCCUCCCUGCGUGGGAUCGGCUUGGCAAAGGCCUGCAAAGUCCUGAGACUGGCCAACAACCCCGACAUUGUGAAGGUUAUCAAGAAAAUUGGGCAUUAUCUCAAGAUGAACAUAACGGUGCCAGAGGACUACAUCACAGGGUUUAUUCGCGCCAACAACACUUUCCUCUACCAGCUAGUGUUCGACCCCAUCCAAAGGAAGCUUAUCCCUCUGAACGCCUAUGGAGACGACGUUAAUCCCGAAACACUCACGUACGCUGGGCAGUAUGUCAAUGAUUCCGUAGCUCUUCAAAUAGCACUUGGAAAUAGAGAUAUAAAUACUUUUGAGCAGAUUGAUGACUACAGUCCGGACACUAUGCCAGCCCACUCAAGAAGCCAUAGCUGGAAUGACAAAGCAUGUCAGAAGUCACCUGUCGCCAGUAGCAUUUGGCACAAGAAUUAUUGUCCUAGACUUGAGGUGAAUAGUGUUUCCCAUGCUCCUCAGUUGAAGGAAAAGCCAAGUACUGUGGGCCUUAAACAAGUGAUUAGUACUAAAGGGUUAAAUCUUCCCAGGAAGCCUUGCGUGUUGAAGAGACCAAGAAAUGAAGCGCUGUCUGAAGAUGACCUGUUGAGCCAGUAUUCGUCACUUACAAAGAAGAUCAGGGAAAAUAGCUGUGGGAAUGGCACCUCACCCAACUCUUCUGAAAUGUCCGUACCCUGCCCGGAUGGUGGGACUGCUCACAAGACAGAUGCACAUACCCCGUCUAGAACGAGGAAUAAAUUCGCAACAUUCUUACAGAGGAGGAAUGAAGAAUGUGGUGCCAUCGUGGUUCCCGGGACCAAAAGCAGGUUUUUUUGCAGUUCUCCAGAUUUUGACAACUUCAUACCAAAAAAAGGAAGCAACCAGCCUCCAAAUGAAACUGUUGCCACUGGCAAAGCCACCACCAGCCUCCUUGGAGCAUUGGACUGUCCAGACACAGGAGGACAAAAGCCAGUUGUCACAAAUGGGACGCACAGUCCAAACACUCACAUUCCAGGCGAUGCAACUGGGUCUCCUAAGGAUGAGGCUCAGUCUUCUGAGACCAGCAAAUUCUUGGGAACCAUGUCCCCACCCACUCUGGGGACACUAAGAAGUUGUUUCAGUUGGUCUGGAACUCUCGGGGAAUUUUCAAGGACUCCAAGUCCCUCAACGAGAAGUACAUUGCAGCAGUUCCGGAGAAAGAGUGAGCCCCCCGCCUGUCUUCCUGAGGCCUGUGCAGUCACUGACGUAUGUGAUUCAAAGAGUGGGACACUGGGUGACAAGUCUCAGUCCUUGCAUGAGCUGGACUGGUCCUCACGGUCUCAGGAAAGCAUAGACUCCACAUGCAGCUUAAACACAUCAAGCCUCUCGCAGCCUUCCAGUAAGGACUCAGACUCAGAGGAAUCGGAUUGUAACAAUAAGUCACUUGAUAAUCAAGGAAGUCAGAAUUCCAAGCAACACUUACCUCACUUUCCAAAGAAAGACAUACUUGGGCGGAACAAGGUUCCUGGACUCUGUCGGUCUAGUUCUAUGGACUCUUUGUCUGCAACCAAGAUCAAGCCGUUGGUGCCUGCCAGAGUCAGUGGCCUGAGCAAGAAGCCAGGAAGCAUCCAGAAGAGAAAACACCAUGAUGCCGAGAACAAGCCAGGACUGCAGAUAAAGAUCAGCGAGCUCUGGAAAAACUUUGGGUUUAAAAAAGAUUCUGAAAAGCUUCCUUCUUGUAAGAAGCCCCUGUCUCCAGUCAAGGACAAUAUCCAACUCACUCCAGAGACAGAAGAUGAGAUCUUUAACAAGCCCGAGUGUGCACGUGCUCAGAGAGCAAUAUUUCACUAACUGCCGGCCGCUGCCUACAGGAAAAUCUUAUCAACUGGAGAGAUGUAUUACUCUCAGUGCCAUUUUUUAAAUGGGAUACAUUUUGUAUAUUAACUUUAUGACUUUUCUUUUGCUCAGCUUUUUAUAUUUUCAUAGAAAGCUAAAUAGAAGAAUAAAUCUGUCUUUGACAUUUCUGGGAAGUUGAAAUGCUAAUUGGGCAAAUCUCCUGGCAUCGAUACCAAUCUAAAGGACUCUCCCUUGUAGUAUAACAUCUAUUAUAUUGUAACUCGAAAGCCACAGAUGUCUACAGCCACUUAGACCCAAGAACAGAUGACUCACCAGCUUCCAGUCCCUCCAGCUGCCUUUUCUGUCUGCCCUUUAAGAGAAACAUUGAAAUCACAUUGUUGCUGGGAUAGAAGGGCAGUAGGAGGGGCUCUGUCUGCUUACGACUGGUAACACACUGGUAACACACUUAGGUCUCGAAGCUCUCAGUGUACCUCUGAAGUACGGCCCAGAAGUUCCUUAGCAUUUACUCAACCCUGUGCAAGAUGCUGAAGCUGCAGAGCCUGUGGUCAGUGCAUUCUGCAAAGAUACAGCCGCACCCGGGCCAAUCCAGUACAACCAGAAGGAGAGGCAUAGUGAAGGCAUCUGUGGUACAGAGCAGAGACAAGACUUAGAAUGUUUAAAGGGGGGAUGAUUUGGAAAGUCCUAAUCUGAAGCUCAGGUUUGAGCCCCACCAUGAGCAGUCCUGUCAGACAGAUGCCAUCUACAGGCGUUCAUCUCUGCAAUGUCAGGAAACCAGGAAAAUGUUCUAUAGAGCAUGGAAAAGGAACCAUCAAGGAAGGAUGACGAGUGUCAGUCAAGGAAGGGCAGGUUCUCUACUGGCAGCAGCCAAGCAGGCAGUUGUAGAUGGCUCCCAUCCGUGGACAGACAGGUGAGCUCUGUCCCUGAGGGUAGAGGGAAAGGCUGGAAACAGGCAUUUAAAAAAAAUCUUUAAAAAAUAGCAAGAUGGUAGUGGCGAUGCCACCUUUUCCAGUCUCCAAGUCACUGCACAAGUCAAGCCCCAUUAACAGCUCCCAUGACAGUCUUCAUAGUCCCCAAAUAGAAAUUGUUCCAUAGUUACUGACCACAGGCCAUAGGAUAGGCCACAGCAGGAGACAGGACGGACUGAGGCCAGCCAGAGUCCCUCUGAAUGUGGCUUCUUGUGGCUUAUUCUGGACCACUGGUGUCCAUGUUUGGUUCCUGCUCACAAGAACAGGUGUGGGGAUUGGGCCACACUGAGCAAGGGACAUGAGCAGGUUGAUGGAACAGUAAGGUUUGCCACCCCUGUUUUGAGACGGACUCACUUGUCCUUACCAACCUCUCAGACUUGCUGUGUGGCUCAGGUCUUUUCUGAUCUCCGUCCUCCCUAGUCUAGUGAGCAUUCCCAGCAAGUCUGCAUAAGUCCUCUGAUAAUAAAAAGGAAAGUUCUGGUUUGGGUUAUUAUCCAGGUUUUCCUUAAAUUUUAUAUAUUUUUAAUUUUAUAAACCAUUAUUUAAAGAAACUUUGUGAAUAAAAGUGUCACUGUGAAGAGACAAGAAAAAGGCUGAAAAUUCAGGUAGGUCAGAUUUUAAAGUUCAGGCACCGGAGUAUAGACUCAAGAUGAGUCCAUGAGAGAAAGUUUCACAUGGCCAGUAUCUCCCCAUCUCCAUUCUUAAUUCUGAAGUUUCAUUGAGCCAUUGUAUGCGUGGGCAGAAGAGGGUAGACAUGGGUAAGGCCAGGCGUUUCUGGCUUGGCCGGAUUGUAUUCCACUGUGAGGAUACCCAACCCUCAUCCAUCUCAUCCCAGGUUACACCUAAAGCUUUGCCUUGGGUUUUGUUUGGCUGUAUUUUCUCUCUCCCUUUCUCCCUAGGAAGCUAUAAGUGCUUAUAAAGAUGGAGAGAGAGUGGCAAAAUCAGUCCUUGGCACCUCUCAGUGCUUGCAGUCAUGAAUGUAGCACCUAAGUCUCUCGUGAAUAACUAUUGUCCUGAAUUAAAAUAACUUUCUCCACACCAAGCCUGGUGGUGCAUGCUUUAAAUCCCAGCAAACAGGAGGCAGAAGCAGGUGGAUCUCUGUGUUGAGCCAGCCUGGGCUACAGAGUGAGUUCCAAGACAGCCAGAGCUAAACAGAAAACCUGUCUCCAAACCCCAAUAAAUAAUAAUAACAAUAAUAAUAUCCAUCUUGUCCCACACAGAGGGGACACACUCGUUAUCCCCACCUGGGAGGCAGAGGCAGGAUUAUUAGUUCAAGGUCAUUUCUUGGCUACAUGCUGAGUUUAGAGCCAGUUUUUGAGAUCCUGCUAUUAAUUCAGGGAGAAUAUAUUUUUAAAAUGCAUUACCAAAAGAGGAAGGCUUCAAGGGGGGUCACUGCUGGGGUUCACUAAUUAAAUAUGGUUCUCUCAUCUACUGCA